AUGAACGAAAAAUUUAAACGACAAAAGAGAGAAGAAAGCAAAAAAUACUCAGAGGAGACGGAAAACGAAAGAGUCCAAAGAAAAUUGAAAGAGGUAUUAGAGAUCCUAAAUGGUAAAGGACCUAUAGAGGGGGAGAAUAAGGCUAAAGCAAGAAAGUUAAUUGGAAAAAUAACCUCUAUCCAAAAUAAAACGAGUCAGAAUCAAAAUCAAACGGUGCAAGAGGAGGGUCACUUGAAAUGCGAGCAGUGCAAAAUAAAAAUGGAACAAGAAAGACAAAAGAAAGAAACGGAGAAAAUAAUAAAAGCGUUAAACAAUGGGGGGGACAUAAAUAAUUUUAGCCAGAUAUACAAAAAGAAAUGGGAGGAGAAGAGCGACAUUAAAGAAGGAGGGGUAGAAAGUGUCAUACGUACCAUCCGGGAAGACGUAUAUGAAAUCAUUGAGGGAUGUAAAGAAGAGAACGUGGAAUACAUAGAGAAUGUCAAGAAAAGUUCCAUGGCAAGCGAAAGGAGGGAAUGGUUCACGGAUGUUGUAAAAAUAAAGAAGCACGGUAUUUACGAAAUGGCCGAGAGGGCCAUAAAGCAAAUUAAGGAAAGGGAAACGCCGCCGCAGACAAUACGAGUGAUAAUAAAUAAUGAAAUCAAUAAAGAAGAGGUGCGGAAAGCUUUGGAAUUCGUGGGUAGAGGGGAAAAUAUAAUAUGGGAAUUAGUUAUUCGAGGAAAAGAAAUGGACAGGGGAGCCAGGCAUGAACAGGAGGAAGCCCUCCUGAUUAAAACAGGGGGGAAGAUGUUCUAA